AUGGCUUUGCCCAUACUUGCAUCUCCCCAAUUAUCCUUUAACAAAAUGUUUCUUCCACAAAACAGAUCCUUAUCUCUAAUAUCAUGUAAUUUUAAUAUCUCUCGUUCAAUUAAAUGUAAGGCAACAAAUGACGUUGCAAAUGAUGAUCGUGAAAAUAUUCGUCGUCGAUCUGCAAUGUUCCAACCUUCGAUUUGGACGGAUGAUUAUAUCCAAUCAUUAAAUAGUGAAUAUAAGGACGAAAUAUAUGCAAAGAAAUUGAGAGUGCUAAGGGAAGAAGUAAGGAUGAUGUUUAACAAAAUGGAAAAUGAGGUUGAUCAACUUGAGUUUAUUGAUGUGUUGCAAAGACUUGGAGUGGAUUACCAUUUUACCAAUGAAAUCAAAAAGAUAUUAGACAAUAUUUACAACACACAAACAUUCAAGUUCAAGAAAAACUUACAUGCCACAGCACUCGAGUUUAGACUCUUGAGACAACAUGGUUAUCAUAUAUCUACAGAUGUUUUUGUUUGCUUUGAUUUGAAGACAGACCAAGCAAUUGAUGCUGAGGGAAUGUUGUCAAUGUAUGAAGCCUCAUUUCAUUCAUUUGAAGAUGAAACUAUAUUGGAUGAAGCAAGAGAUUUCACCACCAAGUUUCUCAAAGAUUAUUUGAACCAACAUGGAGAUAAUGAUUAUAUGCCACUUCUAAUAAGUCAUGCUUUGGAGCUUCCACUACAUUGGAGAAUUCCUCGAUGGGAGGCUCGUUGUUUCAUCAAUAUAUACGAAAGGCAACAAAACAAGAGUAAUGUUUUACUUCACUUUGCUAAAUUGGAUUUCAACAUUCUUCAAAGCAUUUACCAAGAAGAACUAAAAUAUACGUCAAAAUGGUGGAAAGAUACUCAAAUCGGAGAAAAGUUAAGAUUUGUUAGGGAUAGGUUUGUUGAGAACUUUGUUUGGAAUGUGGGAAUGAGUUUCAAGCCAGAAUUUGAAUAUUUUCGAAAAAUCCUGACAAAGGCCAAUGCCUUAAUUACCAUAAUUGAUGAUAUUUAUGAUGUGUAUGGUACCUUGGAAGAGCUGGAGCUCUUCACAGAAGCAAUUGAAAGAUGGGAUCUAAAUGACAUUGACUCUCUACCAUAUUACAUGAAAAUAUGCUAUUUUACGCUUUAUAACUUUGUGAAUGAAGUUGAAACAUCCAACAAGAUUGGGUGCUCUAUCACUCCAUACUUGAAAAAAGAAUGGACAAAUUUAUGUAAAUCAUAUUUGAUUGAAGCAAAGUGGUUUCACAGUGGAUAUACUCCAACCUUUGAAGAAUACAUAGAGAAUGCAUGGAUAUCCAUAAGUGCACCUCUUAUGCUUAUUCAUGCUUACUUCGUUAUUCCACAUUCAUUCACACAAGAAGAUUUGGUUUGUUUAGAGGAAAACAACAACAUAAUACGAUAUUCAGCAAUGAUUUUACGUCUUGCUAAUGACCUCGGAACCAGUAAACGUGAAAUUGAGACAGGUGAUAUUCCAAAAUCAAUUCAAUAUUAUAUGAACGAAAGUGAAGCUUCUGAAAUACAGGCUCGUGAUCAUAUAAAGUUUAUGAUUUGUGCAAUUUGGAAGAAGAUGAACAAAGAAGCUCAUAAUUCAUCUUUGUCUCAAAGUUUCAUAGAUCUUUCAGUAAACCUCAGUAGAAUGGCAUUAUUCAUUUAUCAACAUGGAGAUGGUCAUACUAUUCAAGAUCCUGAAAUUCAAAAUCGUAUUCAAUCAUUAAUUUGGAAGCCCAUUCUUAUUGAUGGUUAA